AUGCGGCACCGGACGUGGAACCUGGAUAUUGACCGCUUCCUCAACCCCCUCGUGCCGUCGCCGCCAUGGCCUAUCCUGCCGUACCCCGUGGCGCACUUCCUGGGCCACCGCAAGACGAAGCCGCAGGAGACGGGCAACCUCAUGCCCAUAUUCUGGGCCUUUGUCGGCAUCCUGUGCUCCAUCCUCGUCAUCGAGGCCGUCACAAGCCGCGUGCCGCUGUUUGAGGCGCGCGGCGUGCCCAUGAUUGUGGGCUCGUUUGGAGCCGCGGCCGUGCUCGAGUUCUACGCCAUAGAGUCGCCCUUGGCGCAGCCGCGCAACGCCAUUGCGGGCCAGCUCAUUGCCACGGUGGCCGGCGUGGCCAUUGCCAAGCUUUUCCAGCUCAGCAGCAGCUUCCAGGAGCUGCGCUGGGUGGGCGGCGCUCUGGCCUGCGCCUCGGCGACGGCGCUCAUGGCCUUGACCAAGACGGUGCAUCCGCCGGCGGGCGCCACGGCGCUGCUGGCCGUCGUCGACGUCAACCUCGUCGCCGUCGGCUGGCUGCUGGUGCCCGUCAUGAUGCUGGGCUGCGCGCUGAUGCUGGCCAUUGCGCUGGUCGUCAACAACCUCGAGCGCCGCUUCCCCAUGUACUGGUGGACGCCCCUGGAUCUGCGGCAGACGGAGCCGGCGUUUACGGGCGAGAGCGACGGAGACGGCGGUAAAGAAUCGGGACGCCGGCGGGACGCGGACGAUAAUGCCGGACGCGGCAAGGCCGAGGUGGUUAUUCGGCGGGGGCAGGUCAUCGUGCCGGAGCACAUGUUUCUGACGCAGGAGGAGGUGCAGCUGCUCGAGUCCAUGAGUUUCCGGUUAUGA